AUGCCAUCGCCGUCGCCUCCACUCUUCUCACUAUGCCGCCGCCGCCGCCGCAGGGUGGGCUUCCUCCUGAGCAUCCUCUUCCUGCUCUCAUCCGCGUGCAGCAGCCUGGAGGAGGAGGCAAAGGCCCUUAGAGUCGGGAACGAGCUGGUGGGAGAGACAAUGCCGCUUCGCCGCGGCCGGAGGUUCUACAGGAUCGCCGGCCUGCGGCCGCCCGCGUGGUACGAAAUCAAGAUCUCCUACCCGACCACCAUACCAUCCAGCUUUUCGGUUCGGAUCGUGAACGAUCCUCAUGCUGUGGAGGAAUGGGGGAGUAAGAACAGGAGGUUGCUGAACACGGAGAAGAUGAUUUUCAAGGCUGAGAGCACCAAGCCGGUGUAUGUUCUUGUCACGGUGGAGCCUGAGGGCGUGGUUGCAAAACCAGAUGUUCCAGAGAGAGAGCUUGCCCUGUUCAAUAUUGUUUGUGAUGAACUUGUGCUCGGUAUCCCGCACUUUGCCUGGUGGAUUGGAAUUGCAGCACUUCUCUGCAUUGUGUUGGCAUCAGUUGCACCUUAUUUCCUCUCGAUGCACAAGCUACUUAACUAUGAACCUGCACAGAGUAGAGAUGUUGAUGCAGCUAAGAUUUCGUGA